AUGAUCAUGAAGAAGCCUGUGAAGUACUUUGUGGUUGAUGCGUUCACUGAGUCAGACUUCAAGGGAAACCCAGCAGCAGUGUGUUUUUUUGAAGGACAGGUUGAUGCAUUCACUGAGUUUCACCUUCCCAUGACUUGUUUUCUUACUCCCAUCAACGGCUUUGACCCUCUAAAUCCACCAUGUUUUCUUGAACAAUGUGCACUUCCCCUGACACUGGAUGCUUCUCUUUCAAAGUAA